UACGGUGCAACUCUUUUAAAAAUAUGCUGUCUUUCAUACGAGCAUAUAUACAAGCAUAUAUGGUGCCUACCAUAAUGGCUCAACAGCGAUACAGACAAUUCAAUAAUAAUAAACAAUGAAAAAUAACAUAACUUUUUUAAAAUAAAAGAGUAACUAUUAAACAAUAUAUGCAAAUUUUCUGCGGCGAGCUCUCGUAUUUAAUAUACAGACACAGAGCAAGCCGCACGAGUGACGCUUAGACUUGAACUCCGCCACACAAACUCAAAACAUGGAAUCGAUAGUCCUCUAUCCAUCACCGGCGAUCGGCCAUCUUAUCGCCAUGGUCGAGCUAGGAAAGCUUAUUCUCACUUCAAAACCUUCACUCUCCAUCCACCUCCUCAUUGCCGCACCUCCUUACAAAGCCGGCGACACCGCUGCCUACAUCGCCGGCGUCUCCGCCACCACUCCAUCCAUCACCUUCCACCACCUCCCGCCCAUCUCCCUCCCUCCCGAGAUUUCGUCCGCUUCGCACCACCACGAAACACUAACCUACGAAGUCAUUCGGCUCAACAAACCAACCGUAUCUAAAGCCCUACUUUCCAUCUCUCAAAACCACACAAUCCACGCCUUCAUCAUGGAUCUCUUCUGCGGCAGCACUCUUACCGUCUCCGCCGAGCUCAACAUCCCUACUUACUUCUUCUACACUUCCAGCGCGGCUAACUUAGCUUCCUCCCUCUACCUUCCAACCAUUCACGAAACCAUCCCAAAGAGCUUCAAAGACCUCAACAACACUCCUCUCAACUUCCCAGGAACGCCGCCAAUUCCUUCGCUAGACAUGCCAAAACCACUCCUUGAUCGUCAUGAUAUGGCUUAUAAAUACUCUCUUCAAUCCGCCGCUGAACUCGUGAAAUCAAAUGGAAUUAUUGUCAACACGUUUGAGUCACUGGAGCCUAGAGCCCUCAACGCCAUGAGGGAAGGAUUGUGUGUACCGAAUGCUCCCACGCCUCCGAUAUACAGCAUCGGACCACUGAUUACUACCAAAGAGCGGGAAGGAUCUGAUUCCGGGUGCUUAAAAUGGUUGGACUCGCAACCAAGACAAAGCGUGGUUUUUCUUUGUUUCGGAAGCUUAGGCAUGUUCUCGAAAGAGCAACUGAAGGAAAUAGCGGUGGGGUUGGAGAGGACCCGCCAGAGGUUCUUGUGGGUGGUGCGAAAUCCGCCGUCGCAGAAGAACCAAAGCUUGGUUAUCUCAGAAUCGCCAGAACUAGACUUGGAUUCGUUACUGCCACAAGGUUUCUUGGAUCGGACGAAAGACAGGGGACUGGUGGUGAAGAACUGGGCACCACAAGUGGAGGUCCUGAGUCACGACUCGGUGGACGGGUUCGUGACUCACUGCGGGUGGAACUCGGUGCUGGAAGCGGUCUGCGCCGGCGUGCCGAUGGUGGCGUGGCCGCUCUAUGCGGAGCAGAGGUUCAACAGGGUAGUGCUUGUUGAGGAAAUCAAGAUUGCUUUGCCCAUGAACGAGUCCGACGACGGGUUUGUGACCGCCAGUGAAGUUGAGAAGCGGGUCACUGAGUUGAUGGCGAGCUCCAGCGACUCAAUACGGAAGCGUGCUUUAUCAAUGAAGCAUGAAGCCAGAGCUGCUCUGAGCGAAGGUGGAUCGUCCCGAGUUGCGCUAACGAAACUCACUGAGCUGUGGAAGCGGCAUUGAGUUGGUAGACCAGAUGUACACAUCAAAAUAAAUUCCUCCCCAAAUGCUAGUUACCGACUCAUUAUUAAUUUAAAUUGAUUGUUGACUAUUUUUAUGUUAGUUACUUGUUCAUUACCUAUAAAAUUAUAGAGCUCAUUAUUAAUGAA